AUGAAGUUUCUUCAGUACGUCUUGCUGGCCGCUCCCUUGGCGGCCACCCUACGGCUUGACCGACGGGGUAAAGUCGUGUACGAUGGCUACAAGGUCUUUCGUGUGACCCCGGGGGAUGACAUUCCUGCUUUCGAAUCCCAUCUGGAGUCUAUGGAAGCUAUCGACCUUACACAUAACCAUGGUCACAUUGACGAAGAGCACUUUGAUGUUGCGGUCCCACCGGAGAACCUCUCUGCGUUCGAAGCGCUGAACUUCACCUCGACAGUGCUCAGCGAAGAUCUCGGGGCUGAUAUCGCUCUCGAGGGCGAUCUUGCCGAAUAUCCCGCACGAGAACUGAGCGCAGCUGCUCUUCCGGACUUUUCGUGGUUCAGCGCGUAUCACGCCUACGCCGACCACUUGACCUUUUUAUCAGACAUCCAGUCAUCAUUCUCAUCAAAUUCGGAGCUCAUUACAGCCGGAAAAUCCUUCGAAGGCCGUGAUAUUCAGGGUAUCCACCUUUGGGGAAGCGGUGGCAAAGGAUCGAAGCCCGCCAUCAUUUGGCACGGCAAUGUACACGCUCGUGAAUGGAUUUCCUCGAAGGUUGUCGAGUACCUCACCUAUCAACUGGUUGCUAACUAUAGCAACGAUACAACUAUAAAGGGCUUCCUCGACAACUACGACUUCUACAUCCUUCCCAUUGUUAACCCUGACGGUUUUCUUUAUAGCCAGACUACCAACCGAUUAUGGCGUAAAAACAGACAGACUCGAUCUGGCACCUCUGCUGUAGGCACUGAUGUCAACCGCAAUUGGCCAUGGAAGUGGGAUGGCGAAGGAUCCUCCACAAGCCCUGGUUCCGGUGAGUACCGGGGUGCUGCGGCUGGUGACACUCCUGAGAACACCGGAAUUCGAACCUUGGGCGAUCAAUUAACCAACACGACCGGCAUCAAGCUGUACGUUGAUUGGCACAGCUAUGGCCAAUAUAUCCUGACGCCUUACGGCUAUUCGUGCACGGCAGCGGCAUCAAACCAGGAUAAACAGAACUCAUUGGCCAAGAGUCUCGCUACGGCCAUCGCAAAGCCGUACGGCACGCGCUUUACUGCUGGUCCGACAUGUGCUACCUUAUACGCUACUGCCGGGGGUAGUAAUGAUUACGUGACCGAUAUCAAUAAAGCAGAAUACGGAUGGGCCAUUGAGCUGCGAGACACUGGCCGCAACGGGUUCACCCUACCCGCUGACCAAAUUCUACCUACCGGUAUCGAGAUCUGGGAAGGAAUUAAAUACCUUCUUGCGAAUUUUUAAAAAUAUUUCGUAGAUGUACACCCUCAUCUACAAAGAGGAUCGCCUAGAUAAAGGGGUAGUCAAUUCGGAAAUUGGGCUUUAAAUUAUUAGUAACGCUAAGAUCAGAAUUAAUAAUUCACCACAGCGUUCAUGGGUCAUUCCAGUGAUACACUUCAGCUGCUACACGAUAUUUUAAUUUUUUCUGUUUAGAUCGAGAAUUUGGUGGUGGAGUACAUGAUCGCGCUCUUCUAUUCAGCUCUUCGCUUUCUGGGUCGUCGAACUCGUUGGCCGCCGCUCUUCCUUUACGGUCCAUUCAUGCUUUAUCGAAAUCGAUCCCAUUUCGAGAGCAAUGUCUCCCAUAUUACCGAACCCUUUAAAAGGUUCGGGUGACUUCGCGAUGGAUGCUCGAUAUCCAACAUCUUCCGGUCGUAAUCUUGUUUCGGAUGAAUCAUCGUUGAGCUGCUUGAAACGUCGAUUGCUAUUCUUCCUCGCUAAUGCAUCGACAGAUGGAUUAUUGUAAGCUGUUGGGUGAUCCGGCGAAUACCGGCCGCCGAAAAGGGGGCGUAAAAUAAUUAUGCACGAUAACGUGACAGCAAUACAGGGCUCGAGCGCGCUAAAUAACACAGUAUGCGGUAUCGUGAACGUUACGUCGUCGAAGUCAAUCAUAGUCAUCAUGUCGAUGCGUACUAUACUGACGACGCAAGUCCUGUU